AAACAUCCAGAGAUAAAAGCGUUGAUGAAGCCAGACCACAACUUGAUCUGGGUGGUUGUGCUGAUGGUUCUUGCACAGUUGACUGCAUUCUAUCUAGUUAAAGACUUGGACUGGAAAUGGGUAAUCUUCUGGGCAUAUGUUUUUGGAAGCUGUAUUAGCCACUCCAUGACUCUGGCUAUUCACGAGAUCUCUCACAAUAGUGCCUUUGGCCACAGCAAAGCAAUGUGGAAUCGAUGGUUUGGAAUAUUUGCCAACCUCCCUCUAGGUCUCCCAUACUCCAUAUCCUUCAAGAGGUACCACAUGGAUCAUCAUCGUUACUUAGGAGGUGAUGGAAUUGAUGUGGACAUUCCUACCAACUUCGAAGGCUGGUUUUUCUGCACCCGUUUUAGGAAGUUCAUAUGGAUUGUUCUUCAGCCUUUUUUCUAUGCGAUUAGACCUCUCUGCAUCAAUCCCAAACCCAUUACUCGACUUGAAAUAAUCAAUUUGUUGGCUCAGCUUUCCUUUGAUGUUGUGAUAUAUUAUUUAUGGGGAGUCAAAUCCACUUUUUACAUGCUUGCUGGUUCAGUACUUGGACUUGGGUUGCACCCAAUUUCAGGACACUUCAUAGCUGAACAUUACAUGUUUUUAAAAGGACAUGAGACUUAUUCCUACUAUGGGCCACUUAAUUUGCUCACUUUUAAUGUUGGCUAUCACAAUGAACAUCAUGACUUCCCCAGUAUUCCUGGCAAGAGCCUUCCACUGGUGAAGAAAAUAGCAGCUGAAUACUAUGACAACCUGCCACAAUAUAACUCUUGGAUAAAAGUACUGUAUGAUUUCGUGAUGGAUGACACAAUCAGCCCAUAUUCACGCAUGAAAAGGCAAUUAAAGGGUGAAGUGAAGCAAGAUUAAACUUCUGGCAACCAAAAAACCUUUGAAAUGUCUGCUUGCUUUAAAGUGGCUGGGAUAAGGGCUCUUGCUAAUGAUGUUCACCAGUGUCCUGAAUUAAGAUCUACAGCAACAUAGCAAUGCAUCCUUAAGGAUUUGAUAGCAGACUCCUACCAGCUGUAACAUUCCUUGCAGUCCUCAGAUUCAUUGGUUUAAUGUGUAUAUGUUUGCCUAAGGAUCAGUGUUAUAUGCAUAAUGCUAAAUCACUUUGUUACAGAAUUUACUUUGGCAGGUGUUAAAUCUAUAUAAAGUAUGCCUGACUUGUAAUAUUUUUAGAAAUUCUCAAUGUAGUACACAGCCCAUAACAUGCUGUUUAGAUGACUGUAGUGUUAAAAUGCUGUACUUGCCUGUUAAUUCUAAACUAACACGAUAACUUAAACCUUCUGUUGAACCUGUUUCCUAACUUAUGGG